GCACUACCAAGGUGAACUUGUCGGCUUGUGGUGCCGCUCUAUUUUUCGCUUCGUAAGAAGGACAAGGCCCACUCUUAUCAGCCUGAUCCGCUUGUACCGACCGAAUUUGUAGCCAUAAGCAUCUUGCUGUUCACUCCCUCCACUCGCGGCCUCUUCAACUUCACAUCCUCUCACUGUUCAGCCGCAGGCCUUCCAGGAACACAUCGACCUCUUCAACAGCCAAUUCACUCACUCAAAGUCACUGACUUCACCACUCGCCAUCACAGCCGCAGGAUCCGGAAGUGAUGACGUUGGACUCCUAUGCCUGACUCUGAGCAUUACACAGCACAAACAAUUCAACACACAAUCAAUACAAUGGAGCAUCGACACUCUUCGCCGUCCCCGAGGGGCAAAAGCCUUAGACCCAGUGCUCAUAGAAAGAGAAGCAAUUCUGUACCCUUUGUUGAGGCAUUGGGAUGCUCGACUUCUGAAGCAAGAUUGAUGGUGGCCGAGGGCAGGGCUGCUGUUCGUAACCGGAGACGCGGCCGCCAAAACCGGCUAGUCAUGGGAGGAAAUAAACCUUUCGACCCCCGUGACCACCUGAAAUACCUCGAUAGUUCGUACCAGGAACAUGACUUAUCGAGGCCGCAAACGGCUAAGGUCAAUCAUUCAAGGCACCCUUCUGAUGCCACAGACAAGAGCUCGUCGACAAUAGUCGCAGCAUCCCGGGAUGGAGAAUCGGCCGGCAACGGCGCGUCGGGCCCACUGGGAAACUACUCUGCCAACCUCGCAUCGUUCAUCAAGGCACAGCUCAAGUCGAUACCAACUUACACACCGUCACCUAACCAGAUUUCACCCCGAUCAUGUCCGGACUUCUCCUUCCAGCUUCGCACUCCUCCACAGUCACCCAACAAGGUCGCGAGGAAGCCAGUGGAAGCGCCCAGAGUAAUCAGUAUUCCUCCUGUUCGGCCACCGAUGCAGAGCGCCUUCUCUGCAUGGAGCUCAACGGACGAAUCAGAGGAUGAUGAUUUGCCUGCGCUCCCAGAGAUUUACCAGUACACUCAGGCCGCGGUAUCCAAGUCCACCAGCAAUUGUAGCACACCAUCAGUGCUAGGGUACUAUGCAGGACCUAACGACUCCUUCCUGUUCACAUCAACACCCUCGGAGGAGCCUCACACUGCCAAGGGGUUCCAAUUUCACAAUGCACCAGCGCUAAUGACUGGACCCUACUCCCCUCCCCACGAUGACGACCCCGACUACUACGUGUCCUCGUACUCGUCGCAACCGCAGUUAAUGUCUUCCUCGGAGCCUUCGAUCUCGUCGUCAUCAGCUUCGCCCGCAUCUUACUUCGAAUACAAACGCCCUAUAUCCAGUCUCUUCCCGUCUGAUAUGAAGGACCGCAUCAUUGCUGCAGUCACACCAAUAAAAGGAAAGAUGCUGACGGCGAUCUCGCCAUUCGAGGGUGCUGCACUCUCAAAUGUACACGAUGUAUUUAUCGAGUCUCAAACCAGGGUGCACGUCGACGGUAUGUCCUUUGACCUGCUGCGCGACUUCGUCGUACCUGCCAGCAGAGUCUCAACACCAGUUUGACUCGCCGUUCCCUAAUACCACGACUGUGCCAUACUGAAUUCCCGCGUUUAUCUUUAGCGUUCGCGUUCUUGCGGUCUACAAAACAUCAAAGUCGAUGCCUGUGGUGCAGCCGGCCUUACCACCAGCGGAGUCUUGACCUUCCUCUUCUUUGUUACCUGGCUGGGCGCACGGAAAACAUACUUCUUGUAAUCUCUUUCGUUUUUCUAUAACCUUCGAUUGCUGUUUCGGAGCUUCGAUGCUCGCUACUUCUUUUGGCCUUGGGCCGGACCUUUCUUUCCUUACUGUUCGAUAUCCUUACACAAUGAGUGUACGACGCACACGAUGCACUUCCAGUCCAGGCGAUCUUAGGGUAUCAUAUUGGAGCCGUCAGCAAUCAUGGCAGAGCUGGCAACGUAUACAGCAAUCAAUCAGCGGUGGCAGAGUAGUUUGGAUUACACAGCACGCAAUGCAACCAGAAAUGCAACAAUUGCGCAUCGAG